AUGGAGAGUUACGUGGGAGAUGAAGACUGCAUGCAGAAGAGAAAGAGAAAAAGGUCUUGCCGUGGAGGAAACUGCGGACGCGGGUCUGGCUGCAAGUGCGGCAGCGGCUGUGGAGAGGAUAUUCUGUUUGUUAUUUGUAUUGAUCCCCUCUUGAUGUUUCUGUGGAUUAUAAAUGACAGAUGCAAGAUGUAUUAUCCUGAGUUGACCGAAAGAGAGACCACCAUUCAAACCAUGAUCGGGCGGGUGGUUGUACCUCGGAAGGGGACGCCACGUCUCAGAUGUAUUACGUUGCUUGGUUUAAUCUGCAGACGACCGGAGGAGUUUGAGAUGGCUGCAGGGUGUCAGAAUGGGGGCUGCAAGUGUGGAUCAAACUGCACCUACGAUCCCUGCAACUGCAAACGAGACACGGCAAGAGUUCGAAGAGGGAGACACAGAGCUUUCCUACUGUCCUUUGUGUUGUCGCCGUGA